CCUUCAUAAAUUUGUCAGUUGUGUCUUGUUUUUUGUACCUGAAAAUCCAAAUAUAAAUUUUGUUCCUGAUGUUUGAGUUUGAAUUUUUGCGACUGUUCGAUUUUUGGCAAACACGUCAAUCCAAACAUGGCGGAAGUGCCAGACGAAAAUGACUGGAACAAAGAGUUAGAAGAAGCGUUACUACAGGAAUGUGAUUUUGGGUCAUUGCGCAAUAUCUGUAAGGGUCGUCCUGUACCACAGAAACACAGAGCAGAAGUUUGGCAGAUAUGUCUUCAAGUUCAAGGUAAAGGUGAUGCUCUCUCAUCAUUUGACGGAUUCUUUGAUCUACCAGAACAGGCACAACUUAGAGAUGACUGUACACAGUUAGUUGACAGACUAGGUAAUGAUGAAGAAGAGAGAGUUUCGGUAGUUGGAGAUAUUGAGUCAAUAAUCACAUUCUUUUGUAAAUCCCGUGGGGAGACGUACAGGAGUGAUAACGGCUGGCUUGAUAUUCUACAACCCCUGUUGGCAUUGAAACUGAGUAAAGCAGAACUAUAUAAUUGUUUCUAUGCUCUCACCAACAAAUACAUCACAAGAGACUGCAGAAAGAAUGGCAAACCAUUCCAUUUAUUUCGACUGCUGCUACAGUAUCAUGACCCAGAGCUCUGCUCUUUCCUUGAUACAAAACGCAUCACUCCUGAUAUAUACGCACAAUCUUGGUUUAGAAGUUUAUUUGCCUCCGUAUGUGAUCUAAAGGUAAUACUCAACAUGUGGGACGUAUAUCUACAAACAUCUGACCCAUUCCUGUGUUUCUUCAUGGCACUUGUCAUUCUUGUAAAUGCACGAGAUCAGCUACUUUCAGCGGAGGAUAAAGACAAACAGUCUAUUGUAGAUUUAAUAGCAUCAUUUCCGAGCGCUCUAGAGGCCGAGGAUAUCGAAGAUUUCUGUUCAUUAGCACAGUACUAUGGUUCCAAAACACCACAGUCAUUCAGACGGGACUAUGAGCGUCCAUUGUUUGGUACAAGUCUAGGUCAGAUGAAAUCCUCGGAGGAAACAGAUCAGCAAUUGUCUCAGAUGUUGUGUCUACCUGUCGGUGUAGGAGAACUUCUACAAGCAAAUAGUCCUGCUGGGGGAGAUGGAGUAAGAUAUUUUGUAGUAGAUUGUCGACCGGCAGAGCAAUACAACAGUGGACAUCUUCCAACAGCCAUGCAUUUAGAUGCUAAUCUGAUGUUACAAAAUCCAGAAGAGUUUAACACUGCUGUACAAGGACUGUUCUCAGCUCAGCAACAAGCCAUACUGGCAGGAUCGGCAGCUGGUGGGGAACACCUGUGUUUUGUGGGUAGUGGGCGUGAUGAGGAGGACCAGUAUGUGAACAUGGUGGUGGCAAACUUCCUGCAGAAACAUCAGCAGUACAUCAGUGUGGCUAGAGGGGGAUACGCUGCAUUACAUCAUCUGCUGAAUGGUCAGUUAAAUGACGGUAUUGUAGACCACAAUCCCAAGUCCUGUAUUGUAUGUGUACCUGAACUGGGUAAUAUCAGUGAUGCUGAGAGUGGCGAUGACUUUAAACCCAGCAGUGGAAAGGGUGAUACUGGAGAUUCUAUAUUUGGAAGACUGUCAAACGUUGUGAAGAGUAAAUCUACAGAAAUGAAGGAAAAGUUAUCCAACUACAUCAAGAAUGACCAGGUAGGAGAAGAACGUCACAUCAGUAAUACAGACAGGGUCGGGAAAAGAUACCGCAAUAUGGCAUCUGUGUUCACCAUAGGAGAUGAGGAGGAAGGUGAGGAUGGAGAAUUCCUUGACCAGUCAGACGAUGAGAGACGAGAGAUGGUCAGUCUGGAAACAUGGUUGAAGAAACCAGAUAUUGUCUACUCUUGCCAGUGUCGAGAACUCGAUAAUAAUGGCUUUCUUCACCCCAGUUUUAUUCUUGUCACAGACUCCCAUUUAUAUAUUUUACGUGAAAUACCGAAGAAGAAAGGAAUGGCUUACAUACAGAGCCGGCGUGCACUGGGAACAAUAGUUAAAAUUACGUCUAAGAAGCGUCAUCCGGACUUGAUUACAUUUUCCUAUGGUUCUAAUGAAGACACUGGAAUAAAAAUUACUAACCGGGACCGCUGUGUUAUUCCUACAGCUGGGGAAGCUACCAAGAUUGUGAAACAACAAAUAAUGAAAGUGUUGGAUGCUUUGGAAAGCUGAUGAUGUUUUGUACAAGUUGUUUUGUUGUUGUUUGGUGUGCAUGAAAGUGUGAUACAAUGAAAAUUAUGCUGUUUUGAUAAUUACACCGCUUUUACUUUUAAUAUGUACCUUUUAGCCAAAAAGUCAGGAACAAUUUUUUUUCUUAUGUCGUAAAUUUCUUUUACAUGGAAAAACUAAGUUGUGUGUCCGUAGGAGACUCGUGCCAUAAUUUACUGUGGCUGUAUGGUCAUAUGUUACUUGCAGACAAUGCAAGACAGGGAAACUUUCAUGUUAGAUUUGGGAUAUAAGUCUGGGGGGGAAAGGGUGUGGUUUAAGGAUACUACAAAACAUCUUCAAGAAAGACGGGAUGGAAGAAAAAAAACUGAAGGAGUAAAAAAAAGUAAAGAGGUAGGGGAUAGGAUGGUAAUUUCCAAAUUAACCUAGGUGCUUUUUAACAUUUGUGUAAAGUUUAAUGACUUCAGGUCAAAUGCCUUAAGAUAUAUGCGACACAAAUAUUUAGGCUUGUCACACAAAAUUUUGACCGAGUUAGGGCCCAUAUCACUGGUCUGGCUAAGUGAAAUUCAAAACAAACUCCUAAGACGCACAACUUCACAGUAAUUAUCUGGUGAUGUAGUCAGUAUAUAGUGAAAUACCACUCAAUCAAGGAUUGACGGCUUCCUCAGCCAUUUUCCUUAUAUGUUCUGUACAUUCUUUGAUUCCUGGAUAACUAGUAUUUUGCUCAUCCACUUAAGAGCUUGCGUGGUCAGUGUUUUACAGUGCGUAAUUUAACACAGAUUGUUACGAAUUUUCUGUACAGUGGAUGUAAAAAUAGCUUGAAGUAAAAUAGAAAGGUGAGCUUCUUCCAGAUUUAUGAAAUUUUAUUUGAGGGUAUAAUUACAUUUAUAUUUUGUUGGUGAAAUGUACAUAUUAUUGCUAGCGUAAACAUUGGGGCUUUAUUUUAUCAACAUCCAUCUUGCCACUUUUCAGAUUAUUUAUCCAUUUUGACCACCAUGACAUUGUGAAGAUGUGAAAUGUAUAAACAUUACUGUGUGAAGUUAAAGCCAGAGUAGUUAGAAGUCUUGAGCAGAAAGUCAGUAUGCAUUGUAUAUGUGUAUUAUAAUGUAAAGUUGUACAUUAUUGAAGUAAAUACUAAUUUAUUCUAUA